GCCCGGCCCCGCCAGCUCCUAAGGGGAGCAGAGCAGAAGCGUAGCGUACACAUCAAAGCAGCAGCGGAAGUAGAGAGAGGAGAAGUAUGUGACAGUAUGUAGUAUGUAGAAAUGCGUAGAGCUCUUCUGUGCCUUGCACGUAUCUUUCUUCCAUUCGGUGGCAGCUGCGAUCGGUGAGCGCCUCGUGUUCCUUCCUGCGAUUCCUGCAGUCCGUUCAAAGACAUUUUGAGAGAGAGAGAGAGAGAGAGAGUGGGAGUGCGUAUACUGGUCGAUCAUUGAUCUGAUCGGCGGGAUUGAUCUGUACAUACUGCGUAUGUGUGUCAGGGCGAUUCUCCAUUCUCCUUUCUUGCGGUCGCAGCUUUGGACGAGCGAGAGCGCAAUUGUAGCGGUGCUGGCAGGCGUGGGAUGGGCAAAUUCGACGAGUGUAUGGGUUCAGACGAGAGCUACCGCGGUCUAAGUGUGGGGAGAUCCAUUGUGCAAGGAGGUGAAACGAGAAGGAGCCAGAGCUGAGUCCAGUGGGCGUUCUUUUUAUUUUGCGCUCGACUGCACUCUCGAACUCCCGAGAGGUCCAGUCUUCGGUGUGGUUCUGAAAUUUAUUUUCGCCGCUGGUUGCAUGAGCGGAUCUCUUCGUGGGCGGGCCAGGUACGAUUGUCAUGGUCGGAAAUUUUCAGCUUUUGCAUGGAAUUGUUACGCAAUUUGGAUCAGAAGGACUUAGCACUUCAAAUGGCCUUUGAUUCUAUGCCGUCCCCAAGGAACCAUCGCCACGAGAAAACAUUCUCGAACGGAUCGCAGUUGGAUUUUCCUCAAAGCUUGCCCAAGUCACCGGUGUCGACGUCUCCGCACUCAUCUCCUCGACCACAGAGCCCAGCGGAGCCUGUUGUCCUCUCCAUACGCUUCAACCAGGACAAUGGAUGCUUUGCCUGUGGCACUCAGACCGGUUUCCGUGUAUUUAAUUGCCAUCCAUUCAAAGAAAACUUUCGUCGGGAGUUCGAAGCAAGUGGCAUCGGCCUGGUGGAGAUGUUGUUUCGAUGCAAUAUCAUCGCGUUAGUUGGGGGCGGAAAGGCACCUCGGUACGCCCCCAACAAAGUCAUGAUAUGGGAUGACCACCAGGGUAGAUGUAUCGGCGAAUUGACAUUCAGAAGCGAAGUUAGGGCUGUACGGCUUCGGAGAGAUAUGAUCCUGGUUGUCCUGGAACACAAAAUCUACACCUACAAUUUUACGGACCUGAAGCUCCUGUAUUCUGUUGAAACCCUGGCGAAUCCCAAGGGGUUAUGUGCCGUCUCAUACUCGAGCAGCCCGAGCGUGAUGGUUUGUCCUGGGUUACGGCGCGGAGAGGUCCGAGUUGAGCUGUACAGCCAGAAGAAGACGAAGUUCAUUGCCGCACAUGAAGCGUCUCUGGCUUGCUUUGCAUUGAGUCUCGACGGUAGUUUGUUGGCCACUGCUAGCACGAAGGGAACUCUCAUUCGUAUCUUCAACACCAAGGAUUGUACCAAAUUGCAAGAGCUUCGAAGGGGUGCGGACAGAGCAGACAUAUACAGCAUCAACUUUUCACCUACAAAUCAUUGGCUCGUGUGUUCCAGUGAUAAGGGCACUGUACAUGUUUUCAGCCUUCAAGCUCCUUCCGGUAUUGAUCCAAAGCAUGGCGAAGCCAAAAAUCUGAACGCGAAUUCAGGCAGUCUGUUGAUGGCUGGUUCUGCUUUUCUGAAUUAUGCAGUUGGCAACGCCGGGUCUUCAUUGUCCUUUAUGAAAGGUGUACUUCCUAAGUAUUUCAGCUCAGAAUGGUCUUUUGCUCAGUUUCGUGUACAGGAAGAUACUCAUGCUAUUGCAGCAUUUGGUCCGGAGAAGCAUAGUGUAGUCAUCGUUUGCGCAAAUGGAAGCUUUUAUAGGUGCUCCUUCGAUCCGUCGGUCGGUGGGGAGAUGGUGCGGGAGCAGUAUGAAAGGUUUAUAAAGCCCGACGAAGUGGAUAAAGUACCAAUGUCUGUGGGUACUUAGCACCCACUAGUUCGAAGGAUAAUGCUCCUAGUGUAGGUUAGCUUCCUUACUGUCAAAAACUUUUGAAUCUAGUUUUGUGUGUAGUCAUUUACGCACCAUGGCCCUAUAACGUGGAGAGCCACAAAGAACACAACUGUAUAGCUUCGCUCUCCAAAUCGACUCCUCUCUGAACUUCUUCCUAGACAUCUUGUACAUCGCCUAAAGGUAAAUCAAGAAAAGCUGUAACAUAACCUUGUAUAGCCCAGUCAUAUUUUUCCUCUGGAUUGUGGAUCUCUCAGUGUAGUUCAACCUUCCAGACUGUCUAUAACUACCUUGUUUAGACGGUUGUCACCGAGACCAGUCAACAGCACUACACUGAAAGUCUACCUUGUAUCAAGUUAGAUGCAAGGAGACUUUUAGGAGACUGGGCUGAUAAGGUCAUUUGGUAGAUCAUUUGUACAUGAUGUUUAAUUUGUAUUUUUUGCGUAAUGUCUCGCAUGUGGGAGCCACUGUAAAAGG